AUGUUUUCAGUUAUCGAAAAACCUUCUUUACGAACCUACCUUAUUAUACUCCCGGAAAAUACAUUCGGAGAUGAUUUAACAAACAAAUCGAAAUUGAAAUAUUUUGAAAAAAGACAACAAAUUGAAAGAUUACCAUUUAUAAGUCUCGUACUCGAAAGAAAACAAGACAAUAUGGCGGACAAACGUCAGGAUCAAUUUGACGAUUAUGGUCAUAUGAGAUUUGGAAAACGUGGAGAAGAUUUAGACGAUUAUGGUCACAUGAGAUUUGGAAAAAGAUAUUAA